AUGGUGCGUCUUUUCGCCACGGACCCCAUCGGCUUUGAGUUCCAGGAUGCCUACGCGGUGGCCAACAUCAGCGGCCGGCGGAGCAUUCCGCAGAUCCUGGAUGCCACCUGGGAUGCCUUCCGCUUGGUGAUCUUAGCCGACGCAUUCGACGAGAUUCACCUGGUCAUCUCGGAUGUUCUCAUCUCCGAUGUGCCAGGAGAGUCGCGAUGGCAUUUGUCCACCUGGGAACUGCCGGAUGACAAGGAGGGCACUCCCUACAUCCGCGAUGAAGCCUACAUCGAGGGCUUUCUGGUUCCUGGCCGUGUGCAGGUCAGCAACGCCUUCGGGCAAACCGGCCGUGAGAAUGCGGCCAUCCUGGGCCGCGAGUCGGAUUUGUCCUUCGACCUGACCUCCUCUGCGCCUCUGCAAGUGGGCAGCGAUCUGGUGAUCCAGGCCAAAGGCGCUGGCCCCAGCGGCUUCAAGUUGUUCAGCGAGACCGCAGAGCUUUGGACAUUGGGUCCGACCGGGAUGCCGGAGACGCAGCUGGGGGAGUGGUACUGCAAGGACUUUGCUCACCUCUUCGACCCGGAGAACGAGACCUUGGAGAACAUGACCUUGGAGAUGUAUUUGCCCGAUCCCCAUGCUUGUGAGUGGGACGACACCCGACGGAAGAUGAUCAGAGACUUCGACCACAGUAACCCAAUGGCUACACGCAUUGCCGACACGACGGUGUUGAAGCUCUCCAAAGCCGCGCCCGUGGAAGCGAAGCUGCGGCUCAUGUUCAAGGUCGAGACACCCAUGGACCGCACCAACUUCUUGAAAGAACGCUGGCAUCUUCACGUGGAGGUCUACAACGGCACCAGCGGAGUCUUCAAUCUCAUCACCACCAACGACGGGGGCCCAGUGCCGCUCUCGGUGGUGACCCAGCUGCCUACGGAGCCAGACCCCGAGCCCUCGCACCUAUCGCCGCUCACGCGGGUGGAGGUCCUGUUCCAGUUGGAUCCGCUGGACACCGGCGCCGAGGCUUUCGCGCUCACCGCCCCGCCGGGAAGCGAAGACAAGAAGCGAAAUCCACCGUCGACUCUGGAGCAGUCCCAUUUGAAGGGCAUGAAGCUGGACAUCGAGCAUGAAAGCAGUCGCGUCCGCCUUCCGGGACCAGCCCCGAAACGGACUUCCGUGGACGCCAUGCCGCGCCCGCCCAAAGACCCGGGAGACCCGGGCCCGGACGCCUUGAAGAAGUCGUUGCUGACCCUGCGGCAGCAGCAGGAGCGGUCACUUCUCGACAUUGAAGCCUUCCUGGACCAGCUGUCCGCACAGGAAGCCCGCCUCCAGCAUCAGGUGCAGAAUGGCUUCAAAGCUGGAACGGAUGAGGAGAGCGAGACCGCCACACCCAAUCUGAACUGGCUGCAGAUGAAAGAGGCAAUGGACGACUGCAAAGAGGAGUCUGGCAGCAAGCAGAGCAGCGUACGGAAGAAGACGUUUGGCAGGGCCACCACCGCGGCAGAGCUUGACGGUUCCAAGUGGAAGGACCUCAUCGACGAGGAGUCCAACUCCUCCAGCGUGCGGGACCACAAAAACCUCUGCAGCUGGUGCAAGUGGCUGGUGGCCAAGCCUCAGUUCGACUGGGCCAUGGGCAUGAUCAUCUUCUUCAACUCCAUCUGCAUUGGUAUCGACACCCAGAAGUCCAUCUCCUCAGAGCUCUUGCCAGAAUGGCCUGGGGAGGCGCUGGACGCGAUGUUCAUCUGCAUCUACGUGACGGAGCUGGCCAUUCGCCUGGUGGCCAACGGCAGGACAAACUUCAAGGACACUUGGUUUCUCUUCGACCUCGCCUUGGUGGCGAUGGGUUUGCUUGGAAACAUUUUGGACCCCAUCCUGAAGAGCAGCAUGGAUUCGGGCGAGAGCGCCUUGACCAAGAUUUUGGUGGUGCGUUCUCUUCGGCUUCUGCGCCUGGUACGGGCGAUCCGGAUGCUGCACAUGUUCAGAACAGUUUGGCGGCUGGUCUAUGGCCUGCUGACCUCGGGAAACGCGAUGCUCUCCACCUUCUUCAUCCUGCUCCUGACUUUGUACAUCUUCGCCUGCUUAGGUGUGGAGAUCAUCACCAAGGACACGCUAUUGGCAGGGCAUCCCGACACUGCGCAUAUCGUGGAGUAUUACUUUGGCAGCCUACAAAGGACCUUGCUGACACUCGUGUCCUUUGUCAGCGCGGACUCCAUCUCGGCUGUGUAUAUGCCUAUAUGCAUUAUUCGGCCAGAGCUCAUCAUAUUCUUUGUGGCAGUCAUCCUGACGGUUUCUGUGUCACUGAUGAAUCUGGUCACUGCAGUCCUGGUGGAGGGAGCCCUGGCCAAUGCCGCCAACGACAAGGAGCUCAGCCGCCACGACUUGCGGCAGAAGGUGAAAAAGUUCGCGCCGAAGAUCAUGGAGGUUUUCCAAGAAAUCGACUCUGACCACAGCGGGACCAUCGACCGCAAUGAGUUGAUCAAAAUCAACUUGAACCAGCUUCCCUUCGAGCUGAACUCAGAGCAUGUGGACAGCCUAGAGGAUUUGUUUGACAUGCUUGACGUCGAGGGCAAAGGCGUUCUCACACAAGUCGAGUUUGCCGACGGCUUGCUGAACUUGCUGACGAUGGAUGUGCCCAUCCACCAAAUGAAGUCCUUCAAGCUGAUGCAGCUGCAGUCAGCCACCUUGGAGCAAAUCAGAUCCAAGCUGACGGUGCUCGAAGAUAAUUUGCCGAAUUGCCGCCGAGGCGAGUCACGAGGCGGGUCCAAGAUGAGGACACCCUACCGGGCCGAUUGCUGGCAUACCGGGCUGGGGCAUGGCCUUGUGUCAAAGGGCGACAUGACAAUCGCUUGA